AUGGCUGAUAUUUUGGAAGAUUUUAAAAAAGACGGAAUUUAUAAGAAAAUUCUGUACCCUGGAGAAGGAGAGGUCAAACUAUAUGAAGAUGGGUGUAAGCUGUAUUUUCAUUAUAAAACUACCAAAGCCGAUGAAGAAAAGACUGUUAUUGAUGACAGUAGAAAAGAUGGAAAACCAAUGGAGUUAAUUCUUGGCAAAAAGUUUAAGUUAGAGAUUUGGGAAAGAUGUUUAAGGACUAUGUUACAAAAAGAAGUGGCUGAGUUUUUGUGUGAAAGAAAGCAUACAGCUACAUACCCACUUGUUUCAAAAAGUUUACGUUCAAUUCGAGAUCCUCAUCACAAUCACAAACAUGAACCAGAGAAGAAACAUUGUUGUGGUAUGAUGUCAUUAGCUGAUCAAGGCACUGGACAUUCUGAUUUAGAUGAACUGAUUAAAGAUCCACAACCCUUGAUAUUUACUCUAGAAUUAGUGAAGGUGGAGCACGCUGGUGAAUAUGAAAAAGAAACAUGGAUUAUGACCGAAGAAGAAAGAAUAGCUUCAUUACCUCGACUAAAAGAUGAAGGCAAUGAAUUAUAUAAACAGAAAAAAUAUACAGACGCUGCACAGAAAUACUUUACAGCCUUAGGAAUACUGGAAAAUUUAGUAUUAAAAGAAAAACCCGGAACUCAGGAAUGGGAAGAUUUAGAAGAUCAGAAAAUAGUCUAUUUAUUGAAUUAUUCUCAAUGUAAAUUGAUAGAGGGUGACUUUUACCCAGUUAUACAACAUACAACUACAGUAUUAGACAGACACCCAGAUAAUGUAAAAGCGUUAUUUAGACGAGCCAAAGCUCAUGUUGGUGCAUGGAAUCCCGAAGAUGCCAGAAAAGAUUUUCUCAAAGCUAAAGAAUUAGACUCCUCUCUUACAAAAUCUGUGACUAAAGAACUUGCAGCUUUAGAUAAACUUUUAAAGAUAAAAGAAGCAGAAGAAAAGUCUAAGUUAAAAGGAAUGUUUGAAUCCUGAAGAAUUUUUAAAUUGAUUGUCAAGAAAACAGAUCUUCUCCAAUUCUCAAAGAAUCUUUAAGCUAAUCUGCCAAUUUACGAUUGUGUUUGUUAUUUUUACAUCCCUUUCAAACAGUCUACAGAACCUAUAUUGUUAUACUGCUUGGUAUAUAUAUUUAUCUACUUGUGAAAGUGAUCAUGCAAUGGUUUUGCAGAUGCAUUUUUGUAUUUCAACAAAGACAUUGCUUUUAUCUAUAGAUAUUCUUUUUUGGCAAUGCAAUCUGUUGUUGGCGUAUUUCACUUAAAAAGCUCAUAGUGUAACAUAUUCUAAUAUGAAACAGGUAUAAUCUAAGAUUCAUGUGUUAUUGUAAAAUAAGUUAUUUUGUGUCACCUCUGAGUAAAUAAUUUCUUCAACCAGCAAGAUACAGGUACAGAACAUUUGGACUCAAGAUUCAUAUUACAUGAGCUAUUCCCACCACCCUUUUCAGUAUUCACUUACAACUUACAAGAGCUCUAUGUUGACUAUUUGUAUUAUUAUUGUAUGAGUAUGUGAUUUUUUACAUGUUGUAAAUUUUAUAUUACUGUUAAUAAGUAUUGUUUCUUAAUGCUCAAACUGAACUUUUUCUGUACAAAUC